AUGGAUCCAAGGAAUCCAAUGAAUCCAUAUAGCGACUCAUCUAGUUAUCUACGCCUUCUUCACAGUCAACAACCAAGUGUUGUGCAUGAAAACUUUCCUUAUGAAAGUUUUCAUGCGACUAGUGUUAACCUAGGAGCUUCAGAGGUUCCCCCUUUCAGUUCACAGCAAACUGAGCCUCCAAGUCAACCUGUAGUCACACCAGUGGAGCGUAGGGAGAGAAAGAAAUGGACUCCAGCUGAUGACGAAGUUCUCAUCAGUGCGUGGCUAAACACAUCUAAGGAUGCUGUUGUUGCAAAUGAUCAAAACGCACGGACCUUCUGGAAAAGAGUAGGAGAAUAUUAUGCAGCAAGUCACCAUGCCAGAAACGGUGAUGAUAGACCCCAUCUCCACUGUAAACAGAGGUGGCACAAGAUAAAUGAGCAGGUCAAUAAGUUUUGUGCCUCAUAUGCUUCUGCGGAGAGACAACAAGCCAGUGGGCAGAGUGAGACUGAUGUUUUGAAGCUGGCUCACGAUAUCUUCUAUGCUGAUCAUGAGACAAAGUUUACUCUUGAACAUGCCUGGUGUGUGUUGAGGUUUGAGCAGAAAUGGCUUAACCUUAACACACCAAAACCCACUGGCAGUUCAAAGAGAAAAACGGGUGAUGGUGAGCCGGAAGCCUCGGGCUCUGAAGCUGGUGAUCAUGACAAGAGGCCGGAAGGUGUUAAGGCGGCAAAGGCACGGAGGAAUAACUCUAAAGGGAAGGGUGUUGAUGACGCUAAGACGAUUUGGGAAUUCAAGAAGGAGGAUCUACUGAUGAAGGAGAGACUGUCUAGGUUGGCAAUACUUGACACUUUGCUAGCUAGAAAGGAACCAUUAAGUGAGGCUGAAGAAGUUGUGAAGAAUAAACUGCUUGCCCAGUAUUUCUGA